AGUCGAGCGCGCACGCAGCCACCUGUGCGCGCGGGUGUCAAGCGGCACGCAGGAGCGAGCGAGUGUGCGUGAAGGGGACGCCGCCGCCGCCGGAGCCCGAGCUGCGCCGUUGAGGCGCAAAACGUGAGGGAAGGUCGCUGCUUCGUUCCUCCGCCUUCCCCUGUAGGCAGCCUUUGGCGGCGGCGGCGGCGGCGGCUCCUGGACGACCGUCCCGAGCCCGGGCUAUGACCUGCCUCCCAGGCUACCUGAGUGGCGGCAAUCCCGGUGCCUCCCUCCGCGCCUUGCUCAAAUCUUUACGGCGGCAGCCGCCGCCGCAGCUCGCCGUCCCGCCCCCCCGCGUCCGUCUGGCGGAGCCCGAGGCUUCCUUGGCCGCUGCUACGGCCGGGCUCCCUCUGCCUUCGCUGGCGGGAGCGGGGUCUUCGCCGCCGCCCUCCUGCCGCCUGCCCUCUCCUCCCCCUUCUCCGCGGCGCCUCGGCUCGGGCGGCUGCGCGAGCCUGUCCUCCGAGGCCGGCAGCGGCUUCCGCCCAUCCCGGGUGGUGGUGGUGGCCAAGACGACCCGGUACGAGUUCGAGCAGCAGCGCUACCGCUACGCGGGGCUCUCCGAGGAGGACCUCAAGCAGCUGCUUGCAUUAAAAGGAUCUAAUUAUAGUGGUCUAUUAGAGCGGCAUCGGAUUCAUACAAAAAAUGUGGAACAUAUUGUAAAUAGUCUAAGAAAUGAGAAGAUUGAAGUCCGACUUGUGAAACGGAGAGAAUAUGAUGAAGAGACUGUCCGGUGGGCAGAUGCCGUUAUAGCAGCAGGAGGUGAUGGAACAAUGCUUCUGGCAGCAAGUAAGGUGCUGGAUCAAUUGAAACCAGUUAUUGGAAUAAAUACAGAUCCAGAUAGAUCUGAAGGCCACUUGUGUUUACCUGUACGAUAUACGCACUCAUUUCCAGAUGCUUUACAGAAACUUUAUAGUGGUGAAUUCAGAUGGCAGUGGAGACAGCGAAUCCGGUUGUACCUUGAAGGAACUGGUAUUAACCCUGUCCCUGUAGAUUUACAUGAACAGCAGCUGAGUCAAGAACAGCAUAGUAGGGCCCAUGUUAAUGGAAGAUUUCAGGAUCAAAGAUCUCAGAUUUCUGAACCACACCUCUUGCCUGUAAGAUCAUUAAAUGAAGUCUUUAUUGGAGAGUCUCUCUCAUCCAGGGUGAACUAUAAGUCCUGCAAACCCAGUUUUAAAUUCUCCCUUCAUAGGGCUUCUUAUUAUGAAAUAUCAGUGGAUGAUGGUCCAUGGGAGAAACAAAAGAGCUCAGGUCUCAAUAUAUGCACUGGAACUGGAUCAAAAGCUUGGUCUUUUAAUAUCAACAAAAUAGCAAAUCAGGCUGUGGAAGAAAUUCUUAAGAUUGCUAAAAGUUAUGAGAAUUUAAAGCUUCCAUUGAACAAGGACCUAAUACAAAAAGUAACAAAUGGAUAUAAUGAAUCACUGCUCUAUAGUCCAGAGGAGCCCAAGUUGUUUUUUAGUAUACGAGAACCUAUUUCAAACCGUGUUUUUUCAAGUAGUCGGCAACGAGGAUUUGCAUCAAAAGUUUGCAUUCGCUCUCGUUGUUGGGAUGCCUGUAUGGUAGUAGAUGGAGGAACGUCAUUUGAAUUUAAUGAUGGAGCAAUAGCAUCAAUAUUAAUCAAUACAGAAGAUGCACUACGUACUGUUUUGCUAGAAGACUGAAGACAUAGUUGAAAUUAUUCAAAACUCAUCACAAAGAAAUGAGCUGCAUCAAUUCAAAUGUGAAAACAGUUCUUUACAGACAUUUGGGAAACAAAGAUUGAAACAACUUUUCAUUCCUUCUGAAUGAGAAACUCCUGGAAAAUCAGUGUUUGUCAUUUAUUGCAUCUUGUAAUAUGAAAUUUAAUUGGUUUAUAUCUCAGACCAAUGAAGUUAUCAGCCGCUAAAAGCUUGAUUCCACAGAAUGCUUUUCAGAUGAAGGUGGAGUCAAAUCAAAUUGGUAUUAAUAUUAAAUUAGACUUCCAUGGAAGUAGUGUAGUACUGAUUCAGCAAAAUACCUUGGGACUAUUUCAGUUUUUAAAGCAAAUAAUAUCAAUGUUAAUUAAUCUAAAAAUGUUUGGUCAGAGUUCAGUGCGUUACCCAAGAAGUUUUAAUAACACUUUUGUAUGCACAAAGAACUUUAGUUUAUUAAUUCAGCAUGUUUGAAGUAUGAUUCAUUACUGUUCUUCUAUUACAGUCUAAUAUUCAUACCUGAACCCCAAGAAUAUCUUACUUCUAAACCAUCUUUCGAUUUACAGUUGUGUUUUCCAUAUCAUACUAAACUGGCUACUGAAUUUCCAGUAUACCCCCAGCAUGUAGACUUAAAUAGACUUAAUUUAGGCAUACUUAAAAAUCAAGAGCUUUGUUUAAUUGGGCCCUGGAACAGACUCAAAGCAUGUGACUCCUCUUGUAUUCUACGAAACCCCACCCUAAGAAUGCCAGCUGGUGCCUUGGAUGGGCCUACCACAAGCAGAAGUAAUGAUGCAGCUGAGUGUUGGCUGGCUUAAUUGUCUGCUCUACUCCCAAGGACAGGUACUCUGUUAAGUAGGUUCUAAGAUAGCAACAAUACACAAUAUCAUUCCUUUAAAAGUUUAACUGUAUAUUUGUGUUAUUUAUGCUAAUCUCCAUCAAGGGCAGAAAUAUUCAUGCAUUUUGAAAAAUACUUGUUUUCAAAACCUUUAAAGCAUGUGCAUGAACAGUUUCAGGAAAUUGGAAUGUGUUGCUUGCAGUAUGUGUAUAGUAUCUAAUGUUCACAAACAAGUCCAACAGUGUUUUCCCACUCAGGGAUAAAAUCUUCUCCUUUGCAUUCCUCCCAAAUCAUCUCUAGAAGUUCCCCCUAGUUCUCAAGAACUUUGUGCCUGGGAGGUGCAGAAUGGAGAGAUUUUUUUGACCCUCUCUUGGUUCUGUUCAUAGAAACUUUCUUAGCAGAACUGAAUUCCCCUCAUCACAGUUUACUUGAUAAACUACAGAAUUGUGACCACUGCCAACUACUUUUCCUUUGUUAAUUUUGGGUAGCUACUGUAUACAAAAGUCUUUGCAAAGAUAGUAUCCAGCAGUAUAUUAGUUGACACUAUUUAAACCCAGGGUAUAUUGCAGAUUGGCUGCCGCUAAAAAGAAUCAUUCUUGCUGGUUUUUAAUGGCAUUUUGAGAACGUUACAGAAUGCAUUAGCUGUUUAUAUUUGAAAUAAUGAUAAUUAACUUGCAGUUUGAGCCAACUAAAUGGUGAAUCCUUUUUCUAAUUACACAGUACUGUACUAUAAAAUGCUUAAAACCAUGUAUCUUCAGGGCUUAAGAUGAAGAGUAAAGAGAAUUAAAAAUUAGUUUUGCAAAAGUUAUAUUCAGUUUGCCAUACCAGAUGACCUCAAGCCUUUUAGAGGACAGAGUAACAGUAACAAAAAAAAUUUGAAAAAUACAUAAUGUUAGGCUUUUAUCCUGGAAAAUUUCUAAGCCUCUCACUUGAAGUGUGAGAUUUUCUAUUUACAUGGCUGCAAUCCUAACCAUAGGUAUUGGGAAGCUGAGAUGAGUUGGACUUUGUUUCAAGUAAACAACUUUAAAAGAACAAGAAGGAAAUAAAACCAGGAUGAAUACGUUCUGUAAUUGUUAGUUUGAAACUAAGGAAGUUGUAAAAUUGGUUCAGUGUACUCGCAGUUUGUUUUGUGAUCUUCAAGUUCUAAACUUGACAUUGUUAAUUUGGGGGUGUGGGCAACCUUAAUAUGAAUAUGUCUUCUUUCUUCCCCAGUAUGCUCAUUAAUCUUUGUGUCAAUCUUAGGCUCUCUGUGGUGGGUUUCCCAACCUUUGGAGGCAUUUGGAAUUUUGAGACCAUGCCAAUUUCUGCCUUGGGCGGUGACUGCUCUCAAAAUGUCUGCCAUUUACAAGAAGGCAAAUUCUUGGGUAGGUGUGCAGGCAUUUCUAACAAAACACUUGCCUGCAAUUGCACACUUUCCAGAUUGCUUAUAUGCCUAUGUGCAGCUAAGAGGCAUUUUUAUAUGUAAAGUUGAUGCUAGAGAUCGAGUCUUUGCUUUGCAACUUUUCUUCCUGUAUCUUUUAUUAAAAAGUUACAUUAAAAAUUUUAAAUCAGUGGGAGCUGGGAGCUUUGGGGAGUGAGGUGCUAAGGGAGAUGCCCAUGGCAAACUGUUGAUUGGGCCUACUAAAAAUCUGCAUGGUACUGUGUUCUCACUGCAAGUGGACCAUCCCUUUGAAAAUUGCUGUUCCAUUUUCUUAAAUUAUGCCAGUGAUGAAGGGUUAAGAAGAAUAUUGUUAUCCAUUAGAUAAAAAGAUUCAAGGAGCCCCUAUCCUUUGAAAUGAUAUGAUCUAAAAUUUGGAUUGUACUUGCUAUUUUGUAUAUACAGUGUUCUCGGAUGCCUUUUUAAAGGAAAAAUCACACAGAGGGGUAUCAUAGUGGGCUUUUUGAAUCCUGCCAAAGAUUAACAAACUUUAGUGUUCUUUGUGAAUAAGCAAACAUCCUCCUUUAUCAUCUGGCUCACCAGCUCCCUCCUCAAAAGCCUUACUAGGAGCAUCCUUGACCACAGGAGAGCCUUUGGGAGCACCCACUACUCCUUCUUGGUGUGUGACAUCAGAGAGCCAUGUCUUGUAAGGAAAGUGUUUUCUGAACUCAAACCUUGCUCCCAAACCAAGCUUUUUAUUUUCAAAGAGGAGGCUGUAAAGGAAGGAGAGAAAUUUAUGUUGAAUGCUGAUCCAAGCCAGACACAUCUCACUCCCAGCCUCCUUACAGAUGUCCCUGCCCAUCCCUUUCCUGGCUAGUCAGUUGCUAUUUUAUAGGGGGCUUGUUUUUGUAGGAAGUCUGAACUCCAGACUGCAUGUUAUAUUGGGAGAGCUAUAGCCCCCUAACUUUACAACAGAAAGCAACUUGGUGAGAAGGGGGAAAAAGGAGAUUGGCUGCUUUGAUUGGGAAAAGGGUAUAAAAGGGUUAAACCUAUCCCAAGCUUAAUCUGCUUUUCCUUCUCCCUGUUUUCCCCCCUAGGUUGUUCAUGUGCCCAGCAAAUAGGGGCUUGUGGGGAUUGCUGUACAGGAGAGGAAGGGUUAAUACUCUGUCAUCAAAUUAGCUUUUUCUAAUUUUUUUAAUGAGUGUGUUUGCACAACAGGCUUAACCCAGACAGCUGUAGUAGCUCAGUCAUAGCUCCUUGCUGUUAAUUUGGCAGUACGUAACCAGGCCAACUGGGUCAAGAGCUGACAUUUUUGGAGAUACAAAAUCGGCACCAAAUUCCAAACCUGCCUGAUAUCGCAUCCAUGUCUGUACCACAAUAGUGCUGGCAAGGCUUCGUUUUAUCCAUGUCCCCUUCCCUAUCAGCCAGUCAGAGAAGCAGUGGGGACGGCUUGUGUGCUGUAGAUGAUCAGCAUUUAGACCAGUGUUUCUCAGUCUUCAGAGCUUCUGGGAGUUGAAUUCUGGGAGUUGAAGUCCACACAUCUUAAAGUUCCCAAGGUUGAAAAACACUGAUUUAGACAGGAUUUAGUACAUUUUGAAAGGGUCAUCUUUGUUUUCAGUCACAUUUUUGGGAGGACUUGAAGCGACUACCAGUAGCCCAAAAGUGAAUGGGUUUCUCUGUUUGCACAGUAUGGCCUCACCAGGGAAAGGUGCUUUGAGGCCAGAGAAAGCCUUCUCUUAACCCUCAACUGGCUGAGUUUCUGGAUUUGUUGAAUAAACUUUCCUAAUGAUGCAAUUAAAUGUGUUGCCAAGUGCCAUUAAAUUUUUUUUUAAUGAGCAUCAAGGAAACAGUUGAGCGACCAACUAUAGAUUUUCCGGCCAUGAUAAUUAACAGUGAUGACAAUAGGGUGAAAACAAGAUUAUUCUAUUUAAGAAAAUGCUUUUGUGCCAGAAUUACUAAAAAAGCAAAUAAUAUUGGUAUGGCAAAAAUAGUUGAAUGUGCACAAAUCAGAGUCAACAUAAUAUAACUAUGCCCUCUUUUCCCAAGAUUGUUUUUUUUUAAAUAAUGUAUGCUGUGGUUAGCAAAUUAAUAAAUGUGAGUAUUUUUAA